AUGAUAAUAGAACGCCAAGAACUACAACAGCAAAUCAAAGGAACAACAAGUGAAAAAAGAAAGAAAAAGAGUGAGAUAGCAUCAAAGUUUACUGAUGGUGAGCCUGGAGCAUCAUCGCCACUACAAAGGUCCAUCAAGCCUGCUUCUGUGGGAUCAGCUGAUUCUCACAAAGCUUCUAAACCCAACAAACUGAACACUGGAACCCCAUCCCAUGAAAAUAGAUUAAGCCAGUCAGUUUCAUCGUUGCCUAAAACGAAGGACAUUGGCGGUGUAACUCCUGAUAUAAAGGUAUCCAUGGCAAGGAUUAGGAGAUUAUCAGAAUCGAAAACAAGUAGCAGCCCACUUGUUUCUUCAGUGAAGUCACGGAACUCCGAGCCAUCAAAGAAAACAAAAGUAUCCGAUGUACCUGAAAGCAAAAAAAUAUCAGCAAUUGUGAACCAUGAUAAAAGUAAGAUUGUGUCUCUUCCCGAGCUAAAAAUUAAAACAACUAAAGUCCCUAAUAUUACCAGCAGCAAAUCUGAAGGAAAUGCAAUGACUCAGAAGGUGACUGGAAGUAUUUCUUCGACCAUCGAUGUUAAUGAACCAAGUAGGAACAAAGAAAAAGUUCCACUUAAUGGUAAUGAGGAUGACAGUACAGUGGUUGAGAAAACUGUUGUGAUUCUUAAAUCCAUUCCUGUAGUAAACUCGUCAGAAGGAACUACUGUAGUUCAGAAGGAAAAUGAUAGUAUCGCUAAAAUUUGGAGGGAAACUAAGAUGGCAUCAGAUUAUGCUGCUAUUCAUGCACCAUAUCAAGCCCCUUUAGCUCGGGUCUCUUCUUUGGAAGAUCCAUGUACUAAAAUUUCUGAGUAUGACAGAGCAUCUCCAGCUAGCAUGAAGGCGCCUGCAAUAAUAGACUUAGAGAAUGUUAGAGCUCUUGUAGAUGACACUAGUGACUUAAAACUAGAAAAGAUUCCUGAAGUACUGGAUAAGCCUCAGGUAAAGGAGUCAUCGAAAGGGUUUCGACGGCUGUUGAAGUUUGGAAAAAAGAACCAUAGCUCAACUAGAAGCGAACAUAGUGUUGACUCAAACAGUGAGGUUGAAGAGUUGGUUGUGAACAUUGUCACUUCUAGUGAAGUUCAUACGUUGAAUAAUCUAAUCUCUCAGGAUGAGACCCUGACAACUGGUAAUACUCCACAAAAAUCUUCUCGCUCAUUUUCGUUGUUGUCACCAUUCCGAAGCAAGACCAGUGAAAAGAAGUAUUCGGCUUGACAAUGAAGUUGAAGCCAUGAACUUUGUUAUUUU